GAGCGGACUUUCUGUCUACCUGUGGGAGACCGAGGGGGUAGCAGAGUGAGCGGCUCCGUCCAGAGCAGCGGGCUGGGAGACCCCGACCCCGAGUGACAUUCACUGAAAAACGGACAGGAUUUAUGAGGAGCAAACUUCGGAGCGACACUCCAGCUGGUCUGGUGGUUCUGUGAAGAUCACGGUACGAUAAUGGGGAAGCAAAUGAUACCACUUCUUGUACUUGUGCAGCUUUUCUGCAGCUGCAUAGCGAACCAAAGGACGGGGAGGGCCACCUCCAUGCAGUUCACCCACUCUGUUUACAAUACCACCAUAUAUGAGAACUCUGCUGCUAAGACUUACUUAGAGAGUCACACCAAGAUGGGAAUCUAUUCCACAGACCCAACAUGGGAGAUACGGUACAAAAUCAUUUCUGGAGACAAUGAGAACUUAUUCAAAGCAGAGGACUACCUGCUGGGGGAUUUCAGUUUUUUGCGAAUAAGGACCAAAGGAGGCAGUACUGCCAUACUGAACCGAGAGGUUAAAGACCACUAUAUGCUGACUGUUAAAGCUACAGAGAGAACCACAAAUUUUGAAUGUCGCACCAGAGUUAAGGUUCAGGUACUGGACACCAACGAUCUGAGACCUCUCUUCUCACCAACAUCCUACAGCAUCUCCAUACCGGAGAACACAGCCAUACGCACAAGUGUGGCAAAGGUCACGGCAACUGAUGCCGAUAUUGGUACAAAUGGAGAGUACUAUUAUAGUUUCAGAGAGUGGACUGAUAUGUUUGCUGUUCAUCCAACAAGUGGUGUUGUGACCCUGACUGGCAAGCUGGACUAUUCUGAGACAAAACUGUAUGAGUUGGAGAUCCUCGCAGUGGACAGAGGGAUGAAGUUGUACGGCAGCAGUGGGUUCAGUAGCAUGGCCAAACUUGCAGUUAGGGUGGAGCAAGCCAAUGAGCAUGCACCAGUGAUUACCGCUGUAACCUUGGCACCCUCAGGUGCAGACCAUGACCCUACUUACGCCAUUGUAACAGUGGAGGAUAAAGACCAGGGACCAAAUGGAGAGAUAGCAUCACUGAGCAUUGUGGCCGGUGACCCUCUUCAGCAGUUCAAGGCUGUAAGAACAAGCCCCGGGAGCAAGGAGUACAAAAUAAAAGCUGUCAAAGAUGUGGACUGGGACAAUCAACCUUUUGGAUACAACCUCACCUUACAGGCAAAAGAUAAAGGCACCCCUCCUCAGUUUUCAUCUGCUAAAUUAGUACAUGUCACUUCAGCACAAUUCCAGAAGGGCCCUCCUGUGUUUGAAAAGGACAUUUACAGAGUCAAUCUGAGUGAAUUUGCCCCUCUACACACCCCUGUCACUAUGGUAACAGCCGUGCCAAAGUAUCCACAUCUAAAAUAUGCUUUUAAGAGCAGCUCUGACAAGAACAGAUUUACAAUAAAUCCAGAUACUGGCUUAAUCAGCACCACAGGAUCAAUCAAUGCUGACAGCUCUGCACAGUUUGAACUAGAGGUGAUCACCGAUGACAAUAAAGCAUCAACAAAAGUGAUUAUUGAUGUGGUUGAUGUCAAUAACAACGCACCCGAAUUUCAGCAAACGUCUUACAAAGUCACAGUUGAUGAAAAUGUACCCAUUGGGACCAGUGUGAUUACGGUGAAAGCCACUGACCUGGACCGAGGGGAGAAUGGCUAUGUCACCUACAGCAUCACUAAUUUGAGUCCCCAGCCAUUUGUCAUUGACUACUUUUCUGGUGUCAUUACCACUUCAGAGGUCCUAGAUUAUGAGCUCAUGCCCAGGAUUUACAAUCUCAAAGUCAGAGCAUCAGACUGGGGAUCCCCUUUCCGGAGAGAGGUGGAAUCAUCAGUAACUAUAACUUUAAACAACCUGAACGACAAUAGGCCUCUGUUUGAAAAUGUUGACUGUGAAGUGACUGUGCCCAGAGAUCAUGGCGUGGGAGAACAGAUAACAACAGCAUCUGCCAUAGAUGCAGAUGAACUGCAGCUAGUGCGGUACAAUAUCAAAGCUGGAAAUGAUCUUGACCUCUUUGAACUGAAUCCAAACUCAGGCCUACUUUCACUAAAGCGCACCCUGAGUGAUGGAGAGGCAGCUAGAGUAUCCUUUCAUAGUUUACAAAUUGUAGCAACAGAUGGUGAACACACAACUCAACCAAUGAUCAUGAACAUAACCGUCAUCACAGCACGCAAACCUGUCCAGGUAAAAUGUGUUGAAACUGGUGUUGCGACUAUGCUAGCUGAAAAGCUUCUCCAGGGCAGUAAAAUUCACACUCAAACAGAGCCAGAUGACAACUUUAUCGACAUUCACUCAGUAAAUCGGUACUCUCCCCAGUUCACUGACUCAUUUCCGAGUGUGAUCGAAGUUAAGGAGGACCUACCUGUUGGAGCCAGAAUUGUCCACUUAAGCGCCACAGACUCUGAUAGUGGAUUCAAUGGCAAAUUAGUGUAUGUUAUUUCAGGAGGAGACAAAGAAAAUCGGUUUAUUGUUGAUAUGGAAACCGGCUGGCUUUUGGUCUAUUCUGCUCUUGACCGUGAGGCAACAGAUCACUAUACCCUCAACAUUACAGUUUACGAUCUUGGAGUUCCGCAGAAAUCCUCUUCACGUCUCUUGGAUGUGAAAAUUUUAGAUGCCAACGAUAACAGCCCUCAGUUUUUGCAAGAUUCGUAUACUGUUGAAGUGAGCGAGAGUACACCUAUCCAGACAGAAAUCAUUCAGGUGGAUGCAACCGACAAAGAUCAGGGGAAUAAUGGAAUCAUAAAGUAUUCAAUUUUGGGAGGAACAGACCAUUUUGAGAUCAAUGAGUUAACCGGUGUUGUAACUGUGAGGAGACCACUAGAUCGUGAAAGGUUUCCAUUUUACACACUGAAGAUUGCUGCGCGUGACCAGGCAGUCAGCGAACCUCAAUUGGUGUCAACAGUGCCUCUUAAAAUCACUUUGGAAGAUGUAAAUGAUAACCCUCCUAAAUUUGUUCCCCCCAACUACCGCAUUAAAGUAAGGGAGGAUCUUCCUAUUGGGACUGUCAUUAUGUGGCUGGAGGCUCAUGACCCUGAUAUUGGACCUUCCAGUCAGGUACGAUACAGUCUUACUGAUAAUGGAGAUGGGAAGUUUGAAGUAGACAAGCUCAGUGGUGCUCUUCGAAUUGUUCAAAAUCUGGACUAUGAGACAAAACAAGUGUAUAAUUUGACGGCAAAAGCCAAAGACAAGGGGAAGCCCAUAUCUUUGUCAUCAACCUGCUUCAUUGAAGUGGAUGUGGUGGAUGUGAAUGAAAACCUCUACAGGCCACAGUUCCGAUCCUUUGUGGAAAGAGGAUUUAUAAAAGAGGACGCUCUUGUUGGGACUUCUGUGAUGAAAGUUUCAGCCGAAGAUGAGGAUACCGGAAGAGACGGAGAGGUUCGAUACUCCAUACGAGAUGGAUCUGGCCUCGGGAUAUUUACCAUUGAAGAGGAAACAGGUGUUAUUCGAACACAAGAGCUGCUGGAUCAUGAAGCAACACCUCAUUACUGGCUAACAGUUUAUGCAAUGGAUCGUGGCGUGGUGCCCCUCUCCGCUUUUGUUGAGGUCUACAUCCAAGUGCAGGACGUCAACGACAACGCUCCGCAAACCUCCGAGCCUGUCUACUACCCCUCUGUCACGGAGAAUUCUCCAAAAGAUGUUUCAAUAAUCCAGAUCAACGCCGUUGAUCCUGAUGUAAUUGCCAGUGACAAACUCACCUACAAGAUCACCAGUGGAAAUCCCCAGGGUUUCUUUGCCAUUAACACCAAGACAGGUCUGAUUACAACGACUUCAAGGAGGCUCGACAGAGAACAACAAGAUGAGCACAUUCUAGAGGUCACCGUCACCGACCAUGGCAUUCCCCCCAAAUCUACCACUGUACGGGUCAUCAUCCAAGUCCUUGAUGAAAAUGACAACAGGCCCUUGUUUCUGGAGAAGAUCUACAAGAUCCAAAUCCCAGAGCGGGAGAAGCCCGACAAGGAAAGAGCCGUGAAGAGAGACCCGGUUUAUCGGGUGAUUGCAUCAGACCGCGACAAGGGGCCCAACGCUGAGAUCUCUUACAGCAUCGAAGAUGGAGAUGAACACGGCAAGUUUUUCAUUGAACCCAAGACCGGCCUGGUGUCCUCCAAAAAGUUCUCUUCAGCAGGAGAAUAUGACAUUCUCACAAUUAAAGCUGUCGACAACGGUCGCCCUCAGAAAUCCUCCUCGUGCCGCUUGCACAUCGAGUGGAUUCCCAAACCCAAAGUGCCGGUUGAUGCGGCUCCCCUGCGCUUUGAGGAGUCCCCCCUCACCUUCUCCGUUAUGGAGAGUGAUCCUGUGGCGCACAUGGUUGGAGUUAUUGCCACGGAAUCCUCGGAUGUUCCGGUGUGGUUUGAAAUCACAGACGGCGUAGAGGAUUCUGAGAUGUUUUCCAUCCUUCAGAUGGCUUGUGACCACAACUGUACAGCAGAAGGUGGUAAUUACGACAGCCGCUUCGACGUGGGCAAGGCCAGCGGGACCCUGAUUGUAGCGCGGCCCCUGGACGCCGAGCAAAAAUCAAAUUACAACCUGACAGUGGAGGCCACAGAUGGGACACGAACUGUCAGCACUCAGGUGCUUAUUCGCGUCAUCGACACCAACAACCACAGGCCUCAGUUCUCCAAUCAGGUUUAUGUUGUCAACAUCCCUGAAGAUGAGCCAGCAGGGACUGAGGUCAUGCAGAUCAGUGCCAUGGACAGAGAUGAGAAGAACAAACUGACCUUUACACUCCUGAGCAGCACAGAUCCCUUCAGCCUCAGGAAGUUCCGCCUGGACCCAGGAACAGGAACAUUAUACACCACCGAACCUCUGGAUCAUGAGACAAUGCAUCGUCACGUUCUCACUGUUAUGGUUCGAGAUCAAGACAUUCCAGUAAAGCGGAAUCUUGUGAGAGUUAUUAUCAACGUGGACGACACCAACGACAACGCACCCUGGUUUAUAGGGAUUCCUUACUCUGGCCGUGUUUUUGAAUCUGCAGCCAUCGGCACAGCCGUGCUACAGGUCACUGCUCUUGACAAAGACACAGGACACAACGCAGAGGUUAUCUACAGCAUUGAAUCAGGAAAUGUUGCAAACUGUUUUGCCAUCGAUUCUGUUCUUGGGACAGUAACCGUGGCCAAAGAACUGGAUCGCAGCAGCAGGACAGCAUUUGAGCUCGUCUUAAAAGCUACUGAUAAUGGAACGCCACCAUUGUCUACCACCACCACUGUAAACAUUGCAGUGACAGUUUCUGACAAUGCAGCUCCUAGAUUCACCGAAAAGGAGUUUGCAGCAGAAAUCAGUGAAUCUGCUCAUCCCGGAAGCUUUGUAAGCUCCAUCACAGCCGUCAGCCAGUCCUCCAUUUUCUAUCAAAUAAAAGCCGGCAACAUCAACAAUGCAUUUGAUAUCAACCCCAACUCAGGAGUGGUUGUAACGCGGCAAACUUUAGAUUAUGAGAGCAACUCUCACUACAAGCUUAUAAUACAGGGCACCAACAUGGCCGGACUUGCCAGCAACACAACGCUUUUGAUUCAUCUAAAAGAUGAAAAUGACAAUACUCCAGUCUUUAUCCAAAGGGAAUUCAAAGGUGUAAUCAGCGAGUCAUCCCCAGUCAACAGUGUUGUUCUAACCCAUGAAAACACUCCCCUUGUUAUUCAUGCUUCCGAUGCUGAUUGUGACCAGAAUGCCAGACUCAUUUAUCAGAUUGUUGAACCUUAUGCUCAUAACUAUUUUGCCAUUGACUCAAGCACAGGAGCCAUCAGAAUCACAACAACUUUGGAUUACGAAGAGAGGAGUGUUUUUCAUUUCACAGUUCAGGUGCAUGAUCUAGGAAUGCCUCGGCUGUUUGCGGAGACAGCCGCCAACGUGACCAUUAACGUAAUUGACGUCAAUGACUGCUCUCCCAGUUUCACUCAAGAAGUCUACGAAGCAGUCAUUGUUUUGCCAACAUACAAAGGCGUAGAGGUAAUUCAAGUCAACGCCACCGACUCCGACUCUGGGCCCAAUUCAAAGCUUUUGUUCUCCAUCUCUGAAGGAAAUAUUGGUGAUAAAUUUAAGAUAGAACCAGUGAAAGGUAUUAUCUCAAUACAAAAUGUUACACAGCUUAGGAGCAGGUAUGAAUUAAGUAUUAGAGUCUCUGAUGGUAGGUUUGCCACCAUUGCUAGAGUGAAGAUCAGUGUCAAAGAAAAUAAACAAAGCAAGUUGAAAUUCACCCAGGACUCUUACAAAGUUUACAUCAAGGAAAAUUCCUCUGACAAGAAAACACUGGCUGUAAUUGCUGCUGUGGGGAAUCAAGUGAAUGAGCCAUUAUUUUUUAGAAUUCUUAAUCCUGAUAGCAGAUUUCAAAUCAGCCAGACGUCUGGGGUUGUCUCAACUACGGGAAUACCAUUUGAUCGCGAAGCACAGGACACGUACGACAUUGUUGUGGAAGUCACAGGACAGGACAAAUCUGAGGAUGCGGCUCAUGUUUUAGUAACUCUGACUGUCGAAGAUGUCAAUGACAACAACCCUAUGUUUGUGAACCUGCCGUAUCACGCCCUGGUCCAAAUGGAUGCAGAGGAAGGCCAGCUUGUUCGUCAGGUCACCGCAGUGGACAAAGAUGUGGGCUCAAAUGCAGAUAUCCAUUACUACCUUAAGGAGCAUCAGGGAAGUUUUGAAAUUACCCGGUCUGGUGAAAUUCUGCUCAAAAAGAAGUUUGAUAAAGAUUCACUCAACAAAGACUUUGUCAUAGUCGUCGUUGCACAGGAUAAUGGAGAAAUACCUCUCUCGGCAGAAGUAGAAGUGCCAGUCAGAGUUGUGAACAAAGCAAUACCCAUUUUUGAGAGGCCUUUUUACAGUAUUGAAAUUCCUGAAAAUAUUCAAUUGCACUCCCCCGUUCUGCAUGUCCAGGCAAAUGAUUCCGAAGGCCCUCGGAUUGUAUAUACAAUCUCUGAAGGAGAUCCUUUUAAACAGUUCUCGAUUGAUUUUAACACAGGAGUCAUUCAUGUAAUACAACCAUUGGACUUUGAGACUCAUCCUGCCUAUAAGUUAAAUGUUAGAGCUACAGACUCUCUGACAGGAGCGCACUCAGAUGUGUUUGUCGAUGUUAUACUGGAAGAUAUCAAUGACAAUACCCCUGUGUUCCUGUCAAGAUCGUACUAUGCUAACAUAUCUGAGGCAUCUGUCAUUGGCACAUCCAUUUUACAGGUGGAAGCUAAAGAUUCUGACACUGGCAAUAACCAAGAAAUAUUCUAUCAACUGGUCGACGAAAAGGGGAAGAGUUCCAAUUAUUUUAUCAUUGACCGUGACAAAGGAAUUAUCUCUUUAGCACAAGUUCUUGAUCAUGAAGACAUACAGCAGCACAAGUUGAGAGCUCGUGUUGUGGAUGGAGGAGUUCCAGCCCUUUCCAGUGAGGUCACUGUGACAAUAGAUGUUACGGACCUAAAUGACAAUGCCCCUAUGUUCACUGAAUUCAUCUAUAACACCACAGUUAGCGAGCUGGCUCCACGUGGACACUUUGUCAUCCAAGUUCAGGCAUCUGAUCCUGACAGUUCAGAUACAAAAAAGUUGGAGUUUGCAAUCAUAUCUGGGAAUGAUGAACAGAACUUUGCCAUCAACAAACAAACAGGGACCAUACUCAUUUCCAACCACCGCCGCCCACACAUGCAACCCCUAUACAACCUUAGUGUAUCAGUGUCAGAUGGCGUAUUCAUAGGCUCAGCCCUUGUCAUGGUAACAGUUGUUGGUGCCAACUUCCACAACCCCACCUUCUCUCAGACUGACUCUUUAGUAGAACUUGUUGAAAAUUCACCUGUAGGUACCCUUGUAGCACAAGCACAGGCAAUAGAUCCUGACGAAGGGAUAUAUGGCCAAAUAACAUACGAGAUUGUCAAUGAUUUUGCUAGGGACAAGUUCUCAAUCAAUGACAAAGGAGAGAUUUUGACACUUGAAAGUCUGGAUCGUGAAAAUACAGUCGAGAAAAUCAUUCCAAUCUCCCUGAUGGCUAAAGACGGUGGUGGAAAAGUAGGCUUCUGUAUUAUUAAUGUUAUCGUCACAGAUGCCAAUGACAAUGCCCCGAAGUUUAGAGCAGCUGAAUACAAAUCAACAAUUCCAUCGGAUGUCCCAAGAGGAACCUCUUUACUUAAAAUUGCAGCUUCAGACAUGGAUGAGGGCAGUAACGCUGACAUUGAGUACUUUCUUGAAGCAGAUGCUGAAAAUGUGAGAGAAAAUUUUGAAAUACAUAAAACCUCUGGGGUCAUUGUAACCAAAGAAAGUCUCAUUGGUCUGGAAAAUGAGCUGUAUGCAUUCUUUGUGAGGGCAAAAGACACUGGGAAUCCAUCCAAAGAUUCAGUUGUCCAUGUUUACAUCAGGAUUGUCUCAUCAGACACGCCCAUUCACAAAUUUGUUGAGCCACAUUAUCUUUACACAGUUAGUGAGGACCUUCCCAUUGGCACAGAGAUAGCUCUGAUUCAGGCUGAAGGCCACGAGGGACUGACAUACAGCCUUGUGAAAGGAAACACACCAGAAAGCAACGAGGAUGACGUGUUUGUCGUAGAUCGAGAGAAUGGAGCACUGAAGUUGCAAAAGAGCCUUGACCAUGAAAUGACCAAAUGGUAUCAACUAACUUUGCUUGCCCAGGCGAGGUUUGAAAAUGAUGACAUACUUGCAUCUGUCAACGUAAACAUCCAAGUGAAAGAUGUCAACGACAACAAGCCAAUUUUUGAGGCCAACCCCUACAAGGCCGUUACAGUUGAAAACCUUGCAAGUGGGACUCAAGUUGUACAGGUCAGAGCCACCGACCUGGACUCCGGCACCAACAGCCAUGUCAUCUACAGCCUUGACCCCAAGCAGAACUCACAGGAAAUAUUUGAACUGUUCUCAGUCAAUAGUGAAACUGGAUGGGUGACCACUUUAAAAGAGCUGGACCGUGAAAAAAUGGACAAAUAUACAAUUGCAGUCCUAGCCACAGACCAAGGGGACACAAUUCAACAUAUCUCUGGCACCACAGUGGAGGUAACAGUAGCCGACGUAAACGACAACCCACCGCGCUUCACCGCCGAAAUCUACAAAGGAACAGUCAGUGAAGAUGACCCUCCGCCUAGUGGGGUGAUCGCCAUCCUCAGCACGACAGAUGAUGACUCAGAGGAUUUUAAUAAACAAGUGAACUACUUCAUCACAGGAGGAGAUCCGCUUGGUCAAUUUGCCAUCGAACAUGUUCAGAAUGAAUGGAAGGUUUCUGUCAGGAAACCUCUGGACCGUGAGGUGAUGGACAAUUACCUCCUCAAUAUUACUGCCAGUGAUGGCAUCUUCACCGCUAAAGCUGUUGUGGAGGUGAAGGUGCUAGACGCCAAUGACAACGACCCAGUGUGCGAACAGCUUCUCUACAGUGAAAGCGUCCCAGAGGACUCCCCGGCUGGCAGGCUCAUCUUGCAGGUCUCUGCCACAGAUGCUGACAUCCGCUCAAAUGCCCAAAUCUCUUUUGAACUCCAGGGAGUUGGAGCAGAGUUGUUCAUCAUUGACUCCGACACAGGGGAGCUAAAGACCUCGCGGCCUCUGGACCGAGAGAAGCAGGAGGAGCACAGGUUCAAAGUGCGGGCGGUGGACGGAGGAGGGCGCUACUGCGAGGCCGACAUCCACAUCACGGUAGAGGACGUCAACGACAACCCGCCGCUGUUCGCGUUGGACCCUUACACGAUCACCGUCUUCGAGAACACGGAGACGGGGACGUUUGUCGCAAAGCUGCUGGCGAACGACGCGGACGCGGGUCUUAACAGCGAUAUCCUCUACUCGCUGAUAAACUCAGCGGAUGGAUCUUUCUCGGUCGAUGAGAACUCUGGCGUAAUCAGUCUGGAGCGUCCACUGGACCGCGAGGUGCAGUCGGUGUAUGAGCUGACGGCUCAGGCCAUUGACCGGGGCUCCCCUCGUCUUUCCUCCCUCUGCACGGUCACGGUCUCCAUCCUGGACAUCAACGAUAACCCUCCGGUGUUUGAACAUCGCGAAUACACCGCCACCGUGCCUGAGGAUGUGGCCGUCGGCGCGCAACUGCUCAGAGUUCAGGCAGCCAGCCGCGACAAAGAAGCCAACGCGGAAAUCUCCUACAGCAUCAUCAGCGGGAACGAGCACGGCAUGUUCAGUGUGGAUGCGCGCUCUGGUGACAUCUUUGUGAUUGAACCACUGGACUACGAAACCUCUCAUGAAUACUACAUCACCAUAGAGGCCACAGAUGGCGGGUCUCCACCUCUCAGCGACAUGGCUACCGUCAACAUCAACCUGACCGACGUCAACGACAACCGCCCUGUCUUCAGCCAGGACGUCUACGCCGCCGUCAUCAGCGAGGACGUGGAGCUUGGAAAGACUGUGCUGGCAGUUAUGGCGGAGGAUUUUGACGGGCCCUCCUACGAUCACGUCCAGUAUUCCAUCGUGGACGGUAACCAAGGCAGCCCUUUCACCAUUGAUCCACUCCGAGGGGAGCUCAAAGUUGCUCGCCAGCUGGACCGAGAGCGAACCUCUGGAUACACUCUGACGGUGGUCGCCUCGGACAACGGGGUGCCCCCCCUCUCCAGCAGUGCCACCAUCAACAUUGACAUCUCAGACGUCAAUGAUAAUCCUCCCCUCUUCUCCCAGGCCAACUACAGCCUCAUCAUCCAGGAGAAUCGGCCAAAAGGUACGAGUGUUCUUCAGCUCACUGUGAGCGAUCAAGACGCCUCGCACAACGGCCCGCCGUUUACCUUCACCAUCGUGGACGGGAACGAGGGCAGCGCUUUCCUCAUCAAUCAACAGGGAGCUCUCGUGACUGUGGGAGCGCUCAAUAGGAAAUCUAAAGACAACUACCUGCUCCACGCACAGGUUUCCGACAGCGGGAAGCCUCAGCUCUCCUCCUUCGCUUUCAUCAGCGUCCGCGUGAUUGAGGAGAGCAUCUACUCUCCAGCCGUGCUUCCGUUGGACAUUUUUGUGUCAACCUCUGGUGAUGAAUACCCCGGAGGCGUUCUGGGGAAGAUCCACGCCACCGACCAAGACGUUUACGACACUCUCACCUACAGCCUGGCAUCCUCGGCAGCUUCGUCCACAGAGCAGGGCCGAGCCUUGUUCUCAGUGUCAGCCUCUGAUGGGAAGGUCAUCGCCGUGCAGCCUCUCGAUGUAGGUCACUACUCUCUCAAUGUGACGGUGGCGGAUGGACGCUUCACGACGCCUGCCGACGUGACCGUGCACGUUCGCCAAGUCGCCGCUCAGGCGCUGGAAAACUCGAUUGCUGUGCGCUUUGCAAACAUUGCGCCUGAGGAGUUCAUCGGGGAUUACUGGCGCAACUUCCAGCGAGCGCUGAGAAACAUCGCCGGCGUGAGACGGAGUGACGUGCAGCUGGUGAGUCUGCAGCCGUCAGAGCAGGGAGAUCUGGAUGUCCUGCUGACACUGGAGAGAUCUGGCAGCCCGUACCAAUCCCAGGAGGUUGUUUUCCGAAAAUUGAACUCUUCUGCAGCUGUGAUUGAGGAAAUGACCGGCGUCCGCAUCGUGCGGGUCGUCCAGAAGCUCUGCGAAGGUCUGGACUGUCCGUUGCAGUUCUGCGACGAGGUGGUCUCCCUGGACAAGACGGCCAUGUCCACUUACAGCACGGCUCGCCUGAGCUUCGUCACGCCGCGACACCAGAGAACCGCCACCUGCCAGUGUCACGGUGGAACGUGUCCCGUGUUGAACAACGUGUGUGAGAACAACCCGUGUCCCGAGGGAACGCAGUGCAUCGCAGAUCCCAGAGAUCCCGUUUACAACUGUGUGUGCCCUGAAGGCAAAAAGGGCAAAUGCUCUGCAGACGGACAGUCUCUUAGCUUCAGCGGAAGCAGUUAUGUGAAGUACCGCCUGAUGGAAAACGAGAACAAGGAGCUGAUGAAACUGUCACUAAAGCUCAGGACCUUCUCCAGUCACGCCACUGUCAUGUAUGCAAAAGGGACAGACUACAGCAUCCUUGAGAUAGUAAACGGCCGCCUGCAGUACAAGUUUGACUGCGGCAGCGGGCCUGGCCUGGUGUCAGUCCACAGCGCGCAGGUGAACGAUGGCGAGUGGCACUCCGUUUCCUUGGAGGUGGAUGGAAACUACGCCACCCUAGUGCUGGACCAGGUGCACGCUGCCUCUGGCACAGCUCCGGGCAACCUUCGCACCCUCAACCUCGACAACAGCAUUUACUUUGGCGGCCAUGUGCGGCAGCACUCCACGCCACGCCUCGGACGCAGCCUGCCGGUUACCAACGGGCUUCGCGGCUGUAUCGAGGCCAUCACGCUGAACAACCAGGAGCUGCCCCUGAACACCAGAGCGCAGCGGGCCCACGCCAUGCUGGAGGACAUAGUGGACGUGGCUCCGGGCUGCGCGCUCCCACCGGCCGAGAGUUGCUCCAGCAACCCGUGCACCAAUGGAGGGAGCUGCACAUCGCUGCCUAAUGGAGGUUAUUUCUGCAAGUGUCCAGCCUCCUUCAUGGGCUCACACUGUGAGAUUGCCAUUAGUCCUUGCGCCUCCAACCCCUGCCUAUACGGGGGCACCUGUGUACCUCGCGCAGGGGACUUCUACUGUCAGUGCCGAGGGCAGUACUCUGGACAGAGGUGCCAGUUGGGGCCGUACUGUAAAGACAACCCCUGUAAAAACAGCGGCAAGUGCAUUGACAGUCUGGAUGGUCCGGUGUGUGAGUGUGAAGCCGGCUUCCAGGGAGAAAGAUGCUUGAGUGAUGUGGAUGAAUGCAUCAAGAGCCCCUGCACCAACGGGGGCCUCUGCCAGAACACGUACGGCUCCUUCAAAUGCAACUGCUCUCUGGGUUUCACCGGGACGGCGUGCGAACUCCGCGCGGAAGUCCGGAAUGAAUUCGUCUCUACCUCCUGGAACAUCGGCUUGGAGGAGGUGAUCGGUAUCGUGGUGUUCGUGUCCAGUAUCUUCAUACUGGUCCUCCUCUUCGUCAUCCUCCGCAAAAAGGCCUGUCGUAACAAAUCAAAGACCGACGGCGACGACAAGCAUCCCGGGGGUGCAAGCAUGCCCCACUCCUUUCUUCAGAGACCCUACUUUGACUCCAAAAUGCACAAGAACAUCUACUCAGACGUCCCCCCGCAGGUGCCCGUGCGCCCCAUCUCCUACACUCCCAGCAUUCCAAGCGACUCGCGCAACAACCUGGACAGAAACUCCUUCGAGGGGUCCACCAUCCCGGAGCACCCGGAAUUCACCACGUUCAACCCCGACUCUGUGCACGGGCAUCGCAAGACCGUAGCUGUGUGCAGCGUGGCGCCCAACCUCCCCCCUCCCCCUCCCUCCAACUCCGUGUCAGACAGCGACUCCAUCCAGAAGCCAAACUGGGACUAUGAUUAUGACGCUAAAGUGGUGGACUUGGACUCCUGCCCGACCAAGAAACCCGUGGAGGACAGCGCCUGUCCGCCCUACAACACCAGAGGCAGCAUGUCUGAAGUCCAUUCCCUCAGCUCCUUCCAGUCCGAGUCCUGCGAUGACAACGAGUCUUUUUUGGCUCAUGAUGUCAAGAACCCAAGAGGAUAUCACUGGGACACGUCUGAUUGGAUGCCAAGUGUUCAGCUUCCUGGAAUCCAGGAGUUUCCUCAUUACGAGGUCGUGGAGUCCCCCGCCCCUCUGUACAGCGACCCCAACGCCCUUGACACGGACUACUACCCCGGUGGCUUUGACAUUGAGAGCGAUUUCCCUCCGCCGCCAGAGGACUUCCCCGUCAACGACGACCUACCGCCGCCGCCCCUGCCAGAGUACAUCGACCGCUGUGACACGCUGCGUCCCCUUGGCAGAGACUCGGAGGCUCCUGGUUCGGGGGUCUCCGGCGUGGUCCGCCAGCGCCCCGCCAUGCCCCAACUCUACAGCCUUAACCAGUACCUGCCGCAACACUCCUACCCAGGCGAAGGGGUUGACACAGACGCCCAGGGUGCUGCUACCUCCACCUCUGCCGCCACCACCCCUGCUUCAACCUUGGGCACGGGCGGCUACAGAGGGGGCUACGCUUCAGGCUGUAGCCGGGACUUUGACUCCUCAGCACUGGACAACAUCUCCAUGUCUCUGUACACAUCCACCGCCUCCUGCUCAGACAUGUCUGCGUGUUGUGAGGAGUCUGAGGUCAUGAUAAGCGACUACGAGAGCGGCGACGAGGGCCAAUUCGAGCGGUUGGCUAUUCCGGCGCUGGACUCCCAACAGCACACUGAAGUCUGACACUGGAUCCAAAUAUUAAAUAGAAAAUACACAAAACAGAAAAAAGUGCCUGAACUCACAGUUACACCUCAUGGUAGCCAUCAAAAUGCAACACAUUACGUGGACACAAGGAGGUACGACACGCAUGGUACAUGACAGGACAGAGGAGGCACAGGGGGAGGUUAACACCUGCCACUAUUUCUUUAAAGGAGACCUAUCGUGCUUUUUUUUGUCACUUCUUAUCAUAAAUAUUACUGUUAGAAAUCCGUUUAUUUGAGCAGUGUUGCAAAAAUGUCCCUAGAAACAAACUUUACAGUCAGAUACCAACAAGAGUGAGAAAAACCUGCUGGAAAUGCUGAGUGAAAGAUGAAAUCCACUGAAGUCUCACAAAGAAACAAACAUUCAUUACAGCAGGGUGGCAUGUGCAGCAGCCAUUCUGUUCUCCACUUUACCCCGUUGCGUUCAGGGACACAUUUAAAAAAAAAAAAAAAAAAGCUAAAAAACGUCUCCUUUAAAGUUUUAUCUCACAACAAGAAAGUGGAUUUUUACAUCAUUUCAAUGUUCAGCAACAAAUAUAAAUAUGUAUGUAUCACGGAGGAAAAGAAAUACAUUUGGUUUCCUUGAGAAGAAAACAAGAUAAUGUUGUUGUUGUUGUUUUUUUUUUUUUUUUUUUACAAAUCCUUUAUUUUCAAUGUAAAUGUACAGUUUUGAUUUCAAAGUUGACUAGGUUUUGUAGAUACUGUAUGCUUUUAUUUUGAAAGAAAACAAACAAGUUAAACGGUGUGACAUCAGCCUUACUGUGCAACAUUCACUUAAAAAAAAGUCAAAUCAAAGAAAAGCGUGGCUUUCCUGAACACAUUGUACUUGUAAAAUGUAAUGUCUCUUAUUCAUUAAAAAAAAAAAAAAAAAAAAAACUGGGGGGGCUGGGGGUCUUCAAUGAAUGACUGCAUAUUCCUGUGUUUAGAAUUGUUUGUACAUUUUGGAACCUCUUUAUUUUUCCACCGAGAUAAUGGGACCCAAUAUAUUUAUAGUGCCGAGUUCUCCACCGACACGGAGUUUUUCAGGUGUCUGUGUGUGUCCGAGCAAACGCUAUGGUCUUGUUAAGGUUUUUAUUGAAUACUGCCACAAGCUCAUGCUUUCUUACUGGCAAUAAAUUAUUCCUAAAAAAAAUAAAAGACAGAUCCCGA